GAAGGAUGGACAUAGAGGCACGGAUGCCAGUGUACCGUUGGGAAGGUCACCCACCCUUACUAUCGGAUGCGACUGUAGGUGCUGGACUCAGCGAGAGGAGGGAGAGAAGUACGCGCAUCUUCGGAUGACGUUGGCUACUUCUUGAAGGGGAUUUUGCGCAUGCAGCUAGCAACAUUAAACAAUAGGAUGAAACCCCGCGGAUGAUGUCGAAACUCGUCCGACUCAGCGCGUGCCGCGGCGACUUGUUGGAGCGGCAACUUGCGAGGAGCAGUCAAGAUGAUGGCAAAGGUCUUUAAAACUAAACAUGGACCAACAUCCAGUUGCAGACAUGGGCGCCAGGUGGAUCGUCAACAGCUCCAGAUCCAUGUCCAGCGAGAUCCCUCUGCCCUGGGAACCCUUCCCUUCCUCGCCAGCUCAAAACGCAAGGUCCACGGAGCCCGACAAAAAGCUGGGCGCCCCCCCUGAAGACCCUGCAGGGCCUCUCCUGGGAGGACCAGUCACAUCACAGUCCCGAUCCUCCGUUCUCCAGAGUGGUGCUGGUGUGAACCUCUGGGCCUUCCGUUCCUCGGGGGGGCGUCCAGCACACCGACCGCCGACAGCGCGCGCGACGUGCACCCACUGCCGGGCCGAGAGGAGCCCGCCCGAGCUCCAAGACGCCGCUGCCCGCUGGCGGCACGUGGAGAACCCCCAAACGGUGUGGUGACCACACCGCGUGGUGAGUCGGAUCCCCACGAGAAGGAGGAGGAGGAGGAGGAGGAGGAGGAGGGAGGAACACGGUUUUGGGACUCGGGUCGUUCUCCGAGGACGUCUCGGGCGACUGGGGUGAGGUCUUGGGGGAUUUCGAGGUCGCCGCACGGUCUGUCACCGCACCGUCUCGGGACUCCAGAGCAUGGGGACGACCCCUCUCACCGGUUGAGUCGGCGGGGAUCGAAAACGCGACAUACGAAAAAGCCGACAAAAAGAAGUAGAGAGACACACAGAGAGUCGGGUAUAGAGAGAGGGAACACGACAGAAAAAAAAGAGAGAGAGAUAUCAUCAAACAACCGCCUUGUGUGGCGGAUCUCGCAUGCGCCCCGUCAAACUCUGCCAACACGUACGGGUCGGCUCAAUCGGACAGGCCGCCAAAACUAUGUAACAUCCAAUGAGGCGCAUCUCGGCGGCUGCGCGGGGGAGGAGAAGGGAGCAGAAGGGUGGAGGAGGAAGGGGAUAUAGAGAGGGAAAGAGAGAGAGAGAGAGAGAACGCUGGCGAAACAUCAGACAACAAACAACUGGCAAGGAAAGAGCGCGCGCACCCAACCCCCUCAGCUGGAUCGCUGGGGGCAGGAUGCUCGUGUGCGCGCUCGCGACGCCCGCGGUCACCC